AUGGCCUCGAGUGAGAACACCACUCCUGAGCAAGACAAGGCCGCCGCGACCGUCGACAAAUACAGUGCUCCAGAGCCAACGCAACGCGCAACGGCGACUACAACUCAGCAACAGGUCAGAACGAGGCGCCGCAAAGGCUCCCUUAGAAAGGUUGCGCUUCUGGGGAGAGGGGCACAGCGCGAUAGGAGGGAUGCCAGCCCAUUGACCAUCGAGGUCCCCGAUCGCGCGCAGACAGACUUCCAUUCGACUCAAUCGACACCCAAAGUCGCAGUUAGAGACGACCCGUAUGGCGUAGAUAUAUCCGACCUCACUCCCCGACCUUCAAUGGACGGUUUUGCCAGCCGCACGAGCCUCACAAAUUCCUCGGUCUCGUCCACCAACAGCGGGGACGUCCGAGACCGGGAAGCCUCAACCUUGUAUAAUUCAACAACAGAUGAAGAGGACCUGCCACAGCUUCCCCUUGCCUCAUCUUCCCUGCGUUCGGGGCUGCCUUUGCCACCAGCUCCAAGCUCUUAUUUUGGCGACAUAAGCCCAAUACAGCAGCGUCGACCGUCAUUUCACCAAGCCAAGUCACCUCUUUCUUAUUCAGGCCUUGCCUCCACGCCUCUCCAGCCUCCGGAUUCCGACUGGGACUACUCGGAGACUGAGUGGUGGGGGUGGCUAGUAUUGUCCGUGACCUGGUUUGUCUUUGUCAUUGGAAUGGGGUCAUGCUUCGGGAUCUGGAGUUGGGCAUGGGACGUUGGCACAACCCCAUAUGCCCCUCCAGAACUCGAGGACGACGAAACACUACCCAUUGUGGGAUAUUACCCAGCGUUGAUUAUCCUGACCGGCGUCAUGGCUUGGGUCUGGGUCGUGGUGGCCUGGGUUGGCAUGAAAUAUUUCCGCCAUGCCAAGAUCAGUGGCGACUGA